ACGAGCAUACAGUAUUUCUCUUUCAUUUACAGUAGCAAUGUAGCUUCCACUUGAUUUAUUCAAAUGGGGAUUAUAUAUGGGCAUGGCUAUUUUACUUUAAAUCAUAAAAUGUAGAUUUAAAAUGUGUGACUUACGUGUGUCUGUCAGCUAGCAACGAACGAGCAGGUGACGUUUCUUCCGAAGCAACAUGCUAGCUUCUCUUCUCAACGACGUGUACAGUACAUAUUUUGGCGAGAGGGUUGGAAUUUAUGGUUGGGCCGACCGGGAGACCCUGCCCGACCUGCGGAUGACCCCCCCUGUCACGUCAUGUGACGUAAAAAGGGAACUUGACGUGAAUUUUUUUUGUUUUUUUUCCCCCACAGGGUACAGACAUCCCAACGCAAAACCUGUCAACAUCCAGUUCAAGGGGUCCGGCAUGGACUUGGAGGCGCAGAUCGAGGAGAUCUCGUCAUCGGCCAAAUUCGGAGACCUGAUCGAGUACACCUCCCCCAUGGGCUUCUCGCACUGGGCCGUGUACGAUGACGACGGUCAUGUGAUCCACUUUGCGCUGGCAGGGUACUUGCGGUACCUUUUGGGGCAUUUCAUGGUCACUUCCUGUACACUUUGGAUCAUUUCCGGGUCAGUUUCUGCUCUUUUGGGGUCACCUUCUGUCGAAGUAGGAUCGGACGUCGACGGCGAGCCAGGCGUUAACGAUGGGCUUGCUUGGCAACUCGACAGAGGAGGGCCAGCUGAUGUACAACAUCCGCACCUCCAUCCAAUCGCUGCUCCCGGUGCCCGGCGACAUCCUGCUGGGCACCACCAUCAUCCGCCGAACGCCGCUGGGCGAGAUCAAGGUCGCCAGCGGCGGCCAAAUCCUGAUCGGCAACGACCGGCACGCGUUCGAGCCGUCCUCGCCCGAGGAGAUGCGGCGGCGAUGCCACGCCCUGGAGGGCGAGGAGCUCGGCUACAAUGUCUUGUGGUUCAACUGCGAGCACUUUGCCACCUUCGUGCGAUACGGAAAAUCCGUCUGCAACCAGAUUCCCACCAGUUCUAUAAACGUGGAGACCAAGUCUGCCACAAAAGUGUUCCAGGACAUUGUCGACGCCAAAGCCGCCGCCGACAACGACGACCUAUCAUCCUAGUUGGCGGUCACAUACGCCAGCUGAACUCGUGUCAACAAUUUGAGAAAUAAAAUGCAAUUUCUGGAGAAAUUGCGUGGAAAUA